UCUAAAAGCAAAAGCUGCUUAGCGACCGCCAACAGAACUGGUAAUUACACGUAAUCGUGAAUAGCCGUCAUCCAACAGGCAUUUACUAAGUACCUAGUAUAUGCCAGGCACUUUUCUGUGGGCUGCUACCUAACCCAGCGGUCUAAGUCUGAUCGUCAGGCAGCAGUCAGCUUUCCACCACCCCACCCCUUGCCUAACACACUGGUCUGUGCACAGUAGGCGUUCAGAACAAGUCAAGCAAUCAAAGUAAAGACCUCUUGGGACCCUUGGUGCUGGAGCUGUUGACUUGCAGAGACCCUGCAAGGAAACUGGUGGCCAGUAGCGGGUGCUGUGGAGUCACCUGGUCAGGCUACACGAAUGGCGGCCGCAGCUGCUGGUGGUGGUGCUGGACUUGCGGUGUCAACAGGAUUGGAGGCAGCAACGCUGCAGAAGCUGGCGCUUCGGCGGAAGAAGGUGCUGGGGGCUGAGGAGAUGGAGCUGUACGAGCUAGCGCAGGCUGCAGGCGCCGCCAUCGACCCGGAUGUGUUCAAGAUCCUGGUGGACUUACUGAAUCUGAACGUGGCUCCCCUUGCCGUCUUCCAGAUGCUGAAGUCCAUGUGUGCUGGGCAGCGGCUGGCAAGCGAUCCCCAGGACUCGGUGUCCAUAUCUCUGUCCACAUCCACAUCAGAGACCCGAGGAAGAAACCGAGGUGGCCCCAUUCUUGGCAAUGUGACUAUAGCAGCAGAACGUGGAAGUCGUGAAAGACCCAUCCAGAGGAUGCCACGCCAGCCCAGUGCUACUAGGCUGCCCAAGGUGGGAGGACCUGGAAAAAGUAACUCCCGAAGCAGCCCGUAGGCUACAACAAAGACUGCACUUGACACACAGUCCUCAAGGCGGAUGGUGUCCACCUCUUCACUUCCUUAAACCCUUCUGAGAAGCUGAAUAUCUGUAGCUUUUUGAUAAUAUUAAAAGAUUUAGAUUUAGAGUGA